AUGAAGGAGAGAAUCUCAGGAGCGAUACAUGUUCUCAACACCGAAGCCACAUCAUUGCACAAUCUCACCACGUUAUACGAGUCAGACCCGAUCAUUGGCGCCGGCUUCAACUCGGCUAUCGACGCUAUCACGAGGCAUCGAGGUAGGAAGGGCAAGGUAGUGUUCAUCUGUGUUGGCAAAUCGGGGCAUAUCAGCAAGAAGCUAGCAGCAAGCUUCAACAGUCUUGGCGUCAGGGCUGUUUACGUGCACCCAACCGAGGCUCUGCAUGGCGAUCUGGGCGAGAUUGGGCAUAAUGACACAGUCCUUUUCGUCACAUUUUCGGGAAAGACUCCGGAGUUACUCUCACUUCUUCCACACAUUGACCCGUGUCUUCUCACAAUCGUUCUCACGUCGCACACAAGGUCCGGGACGUGUGAGCUGAUCAAACAACGCCCUGGUAUGAUCCUUCUAUCAGCACCAAUUCAUGAAUCAGAAACGUCUCCUUUCGGUGUAUCUGCACUAACGACCUCUACGACAAUGGCAAUUGCGGUUGGUGAUGCGCUUGCAAUCGUCGCUUCGAAAGAACUUUACGCAAUGGUAUCCGCCACUUUUUCACACAACCACCCUGGAGGUGCCAUCGGCGCAACUUCUCAGAAGCCCUCUCACAUAGCCGAUCUUGCGAUACCACUCCGUGAAAUCGACUCGAUCUCUUGGCAAAGCAUUCUUGGAGUUCGUGGUGUGGAUGUAAUCAGGGCGGCUUAUGACUCAACUACCGGGUGGGUACAAGUUGGCGACCUGAUUGCAUCACCAAGUCGCGUCAGGUGUCUUGAUCCGUCUGAUUUUCUCAAACAGCUCUCUGACCUGCCAGGACUGGGAGUCAGUCGUCGAGAAUGGAUCGUCAUGUCAGCCGACACAAGAAUAUCGCAGGCAAAGGAGUGGGUCAGUCACAUGGGAUCCUCCCGCAAGGAGAAAUGUGGUGGUUACUCCAUCGUGGUCGUCAUGAAAGGCGACAGUAAUUUUGGCGUUCUAGAGGCUGAGCAGCUACUGACUUGGGAGGAGUAA